AUGUCGUCUUCAAUUGAUGAGCAUAUUCAUGAAUCAUUCAUUCGUCAAGCUAUUGAGCUUUCACUGUCUGCAGUCAAGCACGGAAAUGAACCAUUCGGUGCUUGUCUUAUAUCAAAAGAUGGACAAGUAUUGUUGACUGCUGAAAAUACAACUUGUACACCUCAUCAUGAUGUCACUCGUCAUGCUGAAUUGAAUCUAAUUAGUAUGGCUUCGCAAAAAUUUAGUCGAGAUAUUCUUGAACAAUGUACAUUAUAUACUAGUUGUGAACCAUGUUUAAUGUGUACAAGUGCUCUGUUUUGGAGUGGCAUUCGACACUUGGUCUAUGGUCUUUCAUCGGAAACAUUAGGAGUAAGUAUACAAUUAAAAAGUAAGAAUUCAAAGUUCGAAAAAUUAUCAUCAAAACGAUAG